GAACUUUUGCAUGAGGGGCUUGCCCUAGCCUGGGGAGCGGUCCAUGAACCCCAUCGCUUGGCCUCAAGGCAGUGACUCUGAGGCCACCACGCAUGAGCCCGGGCCACCCGCCUGCAGAAAUCACUCCAAGAGCUCUUUAGGGACCGGCUUGUGGUGGCGAGGAGCAAGGAGAUGAAUGUAGCAGCCAAGUACCGCCAGGCGUCCCUGUACGUGGGGGACCUCCAUGUGGACGUCACCGAGGACCUGCUGUUCAAGAAGUUCAGCGCUGUGGGGCCCGUGCUGUCCAUCCGCAUCUGCAGGGACCUGCUCACCCGCCGUUCUCUGGGCUAUGCCUACGUGAACUUUCUGCAGCUGGCAGAUGCCCAGAAGGCCCUGGACACCAUGAACUUUGACCUGAUAAAGGGCAAAUCCAUCCGUCUCAUGUGGUCUCAACGGGACGCCUACUUGAGGAAAUCUGGAAUUGGGAAUGUGUUCAUCAAGAAUCUGGACAAAUCCAUUGAUAACAAAACCCUUUAUGAACACUUCUCAGCUUUUGGGAAGAUCCUGUCCUCCAAGGUGAUGAGUGAUGAUCACGGCUCCAGGGGCUAUGCGUUCGUGCACUUUCAAAACCAGGUUGCUGCCGACAGGGCCAUCGAGGAGAUGAAUGGGGCGCUGCUUAAGGACUGCAGGCUGUUUGUUGGCAGAUUCAAAAGCCGCAAAGAUCGGGAAGCUGAGCUCCAAAACAAAGCCAGUGAAUUCACCAAUGUUUACGUCAAAAACUUCGGAGAUGAGAUGGAUGAUGAGAGACUGAGGGAAGUUUUCAGCAAAUAUGGCAAGACCCUGAGUGUUAAGGUGAUGACAGAGACAAGUGGGAAAUCCAAAGGCUUUGGCUUUGUGAGUUUUGAUAGCCAUGAGGCUGCCAAAAGGGCUGUUGAAGAAAUGAAUGGAAAGGACAUAAACGGACAGCUGCUUUUUGUAGGCCGGGCACAAAAGAAAGCAGAGCGACAGGCUGAGUUAAAGCAAAUGUUUGAGCAGCUGAAACAGGAAAGAUUUCGGCGGUGCCAGGGGGCGAAGCUCUAUAUUAAGAACCUGGAUGAGACCAUUGAUGAUGAAAAACUACGGAGGGAAUUUUCUUCAUUUGGAUCAAUUAGCAGAGUUAAGGUAAUGCAGGAAGAAGGGCGAAGCAAAGGGUUUGGCUUGAUCUGUUUCUCCUCUCCUGAGGAGGCCGCUAAAGCAAUGACUGAGAUGAAUGGCCGCAUCUUGGGCUCCAAGCCACUCAACAUCGCCCUGGCCCAGAGGCCCUAGGAGAGGAAAACUCACUACACCAGCCAGUGUUUGCAGCAGAUUGGGGAAUGUUAGUAAUCUCUGCCUGAAUUGUCCUCAGUAAAUAUCAAAUCCCAGCCAAUGGCUGCUUAGUUUAGUAAACAUUGUGAUCGAAGGUUUUGUAUACAAAGCUAUUUAUUUUUCUUUGGAGGAAAAAUAAGUGAAUCAUAAAACCUCAGUUCUUUUUAUAGAGGCACACCAUCUAAUUAUAAUUUGGUAUAUUUUUCUGAUUUUGAUAUAGUGCUCAUAGCAAUAAGUAUAAUUGGAUAUAUUUUUACUGUAUGUUGAACCAACUGGUGUGGUAAUUAUUUGCAUUUAUUGCAUAUUCUUUCUUAUUUCAAUAAUAUUGCUAGCUUUAAAUUCUUCCAGAGUAGUUCUUAUACCUGAGGAUUGCGAAGUAAUUUAUUUUUACAAACAGAAAUUUUCUAAUUUAUCAUCUAAUUUUUUGUUAAAGAAACCAAAGUUUCAAUAUUGCAAACGCUAUCUAAUUUCAUUUUGAAUUAAAGUUUAAAAUUCUAGGAAAUGGUUGAAUUUCCUUUCAUUUUAUAUCCUGAAAUGAUUGUUUUUCUGAUGGCUGAUAUUAAUGAUGGAAUUUUUUAAUGUUGCCUACAAACCUGCUUUGUAGGAUUUUUCCUGUUCUUUCCAUUGGUUGACAUAAUUCAGGUGAUUGCUGGUUAUCAAAAUUGUGACUUGAAUAGUAAAACUUUCACAUUCCUGUAUCAUUUCAGGUCAAAAAGUUGGCCUGGUCUUAAUUCUCUUGAUACAUAUGCAGCAUAAAAUUAUGCCUUAAGUUUUGAACCAGGUACCAACAUUGUAAAAGUUGAACAUAGAAAUUCUCUUUAACAACUCUUGUUUUCUAAUCUCUGUUAUAUGUUGUUCCAUGUAGUGAUAUUGUCUCAGGGUUCAGAACAGUAAAUGUUUUAUUUUUAUGAACUCCAUGUGUCCUUUUAUUAGACCUUAAGAGCUAUGUAACCCAUUAAGGCUCACUUUUAGCCUUGAUUGAUCAGAAGCUCAUGAAUUGAUUUUCUGAUAAAUUGAAGUUACAUCACUUAGCCUGCUUUCCAGAAUAAUUUUUAUUUCAGUUCCAUUCCCAGAUCUUUUCUUCUUUCCUGCCUUUCCUCUAUAUUACUCAACUCCUCUAUACUUUUUAAAAAGGGUUUUAUUAUACUGACUUUUACUGUGUGCUAUUUGAAAUCAACUUUGGAAAUAAAUGCAAGAGUUAUUUAUUUACAUUUAAGUAAUUACUUUUAAAAUUCUUAUUCUCUCAUACCAAAGGCGUCUGGAAAAUAGUUUUGUUGUUGUUUUAUUUUAUUUUUUUUACUCUCUUCAUUGU